GAGAAGGAACCGAAAGCUCAGGGCCUAACCACUGGCCAAAAUGGGGUGCCGGAGGCGGUGAGGGGUGUGCCGGGACGCGUGCCGAGGGGUUUAGCUCUCCACUGGGCGCCUGGGCGGCUACUCUCCUCGGCAAAGCAUGGCCCGGCAGGAGACCUAUGGCAACUGGUUGGGUCCCCCGCUGGCACCCGCCAAGCGGCUGGUGAGACAAGCAGGAAUUUACUCCGUUGCUGGGAAAAUGACACCCGUGGGUGACUUCAGACCAGCAUCCCCAGACAGCUUCGAGGACGAUUAUGACGACGUGUCCCUGUCGGAGAUGGAUCGUGGCCACAAGACACCGGUGACUGAUGAAGAUCUGCAGAGCCAGAGGAGCAAAGGAGGGACAGGGGUUUACAUCCUUGCGGGGAAACCGGCAUCUCCAAAUCCUUCCCAAAAAGGUCAUUCGGACCCCAGAGGUGGCAGGGGACGGAGCCGCAGGGUGACGUCAGUGGCCAUCCUCUACGUCCUGGUAGCGCUGAGCUUUGCCGCGUGGGUGCUGCUUUUCGCACUGGCCAUGGUGAAGCAGAUGGAAAUCAUGGCGGAAUUAAAGCUCUUGAGGUCAAACUACUCAGAGAAUCAAGCCAACGUGCGGCAGGAGCUGUCGGAGACGCAACGGGAACAGACGCGGAUGCGGACCGGGAUGCACAAAUACUACGAGGAAUUGCAGGACAUCGCAGCGCUGAUCUGCAGAUCCGUCCUGGACAACAAGAAGUGCUCGGCCGGCUGGAAGAUCUUUGAGAAAAGCUGCUACUCCUUCUCGACAGAGACGAUGAGUUGGCUGGAUGCAAAGGAGAUCUGCGCCGACCAAGGCGCUCACCUGGUCAUCAUCAACUCGGAGCAGGAGCAGAAGUUCCUGAAGGACAAUAUUAACAGCAGCAGCACGUACUGGCUGGGAGUGACGGAUCAGUUGGAGGAAGGCACCUGGGUCUGGACUAACGGCGAACAUACAAGUAUUAGCUACUGGAACACGUGGACGGAGAACAAAGACAAGGACCAGAAGGACUGCGGCAGCAUCGGACCCGGCGGCAUCUGGAACGACGACAGAUGCUCCCACACCAACCACUGGAUUUGCGAAAAGUCCUGGAACUGCUGACUUCAGCAUUAUUUUUUCCCAUUUCCAGACAAUUUUCAGUGCACCCAUAAAAAAAAAAAAGUACAUUUCAAACUUCCCAUGCAGGAGCUGGAUGAAUUUAUGCGGCUCCAGGGGGGGAGCCAGAGGCUGCACGCUCCCGUUUUUUUGCCUAUUAAUGAUGUGCAAAUCCCUAAAAAUCAGUAGAAUCCCUGUGAACCCCAACCUUGCAAGCCUGACCUACAACCUAUGAAAAAAAGGGAUUUUUCAGUUAAAAAUAAUCACUGUAAAAAGGUUAAAAAUCCACUCAACAGUGCAAAACCAGUCCCAUUCCUCAGCGCCGCUGAAUUUCUCCUUUCCCCCCCCAGCUCUGCUGCCAUGUCGCGGUUUCUGCUUAACUCUCAGAAAAGACAAUUUCAGUAAAAUCUUCGUCUUUUUCCCAUUUUCCAAAUAUUUUUUUCCAUAUUUAUCCUUCUCUCCCCCAAACGCCAGCCCCCGUCUGUGCCCCACAGCCAAAAACCCCUCCAAAUCCCAAUUCUGCUCAUUUAUACAUUUCUUAAUUCAGCACACCACCACCCAAUAAAUUUUUUUUUCCCCCUAAGAAACGCAGCACGCGCCGUUUGGUCUUUUUUUGCCCCAAAUAAAUUAAACAGCCCCACCAGACUCAUCCUGGUGCCUGAAAAUUUCUGGAAUCAAAGGAAUCCCGUUAAAAUGGUGGUGUGACAUUAA